AUGUAUUCAGUUCUUCCAGCAGACCAUGAUCCUAAAAUUUCUGAUGACCCAGAUUCUGAAGACUCUAAAAAGAAGCAUAUUGAAACAAUACAAAAAUGGUCAAUUAAGAUAUUUGCAGUAAAAAUGUUCCCUAAAGAAGAAGCAUAUACUAAAAGGCUAGAAAAUUAUCGCAAAAAGUAUGAAGAUAAUGAUCUAUAUAGCAGUUUAGAGGAAUUAUAUAAGCUUUAUUAUCAAAUAGCUAGGGAGAAGAAUCGCAAAAGAUCAGAUGAAGAAAUAAAGCAGAUGCUUAAAGCAAUGAAAUAUAGUUGUUUAUAA